CGGGGCUUCUCUCGUCUCCUCACCGCCGGUUUCGGGAGGCGAUAGCGGCCGGGGGCGGUGAGCCCCGGGGGGCCUCGGCUGCGGGCCCCGCCCCGAGGAAGGACGAUGCCGGUGAAGAAAAAGAGGAAGUCCUCGGGGUCGGUGGCUGCAGCGGCGGAUGACACCGGCCUCAAGAAGUGUAAACUCGGCAGCUAUUGCAGAUCGCAAGCCUCUGGUAAAGUGAUAAGUGGAGAGGAUCAUUUUUCAAGCAAAAAGUGCCUGGCUUGGUUUUAUGAAUAUGCAGGUCCAGAUGAAGUGGUGGGACCUGAAGGAAUAGAGAAGUUCUGUGAAGACAUCGGUGUCGAGCCUGAGAAUAUUAUUAUGUUAGUUUUAGCCUGGAAGCUAGAGGCCGAAAGCAUGGGAUUUUUUACCAAGGAAGAAUGGUUAAAAGGAAUGACCUCACUACAGUGUGAUUGUACAGAAAAAUUGCAGAGUAAAUUUGACUUCUUGCGGUCACAGUUGAAUGACAUUUCAUCCUUUAAGAAUAUCUAUAGAUAUGCCUUUGAUUUUGCAAGGGAUAAAGACCAGCGAAGUCUUGAUAUUGAUACUGCAAAAUCCAUGUUAGCUCUUCUGCUUGGAAGAACUUGGCCAUUGUUUUCAGUAUUUUAUCAAUACCUAGAGCAAUCGAAGUAUAGAGUUAUGAACAAGGAUCAGUGGUACAAUGUGCUAGAGUUCAGCAGAACUGUUCAUGCAGAUCUUAGCAACUAUGAUGAAGAUGGUGCAUGGCCUGUACUUCUGGAUGAAUUUGUUGAAUGGCAAAAGGUUCGUCAAUCGUCAUAGCAAGAAUUCAAGAGAAAAUGCAAAAGUGUUUCUGGAGCCCACCUGUACACAAACUAACGAGAAAAACAAAGGAUUGCAUUUUCAUUCUUAAGAAAGACUUCAGAGUAUUGUUUUUUUCCUUUUCUAAGGAAAUCUUGUUACAUGUGAUAUGGGCAUUGAACCACACUUCUUCUGAGACUGAAAGUUGGAGUUCUUGUUUUGAGUCUUAUGUUUAUAGCAUUUAUUUCAGAACAAUAAAGAUUGAGACUUGUGACAAAGGCCUAAAAGUGAAGAAUGUCCCUUGAAUGUGAGUGUGGUGUCUUUUUAAAACCAAAUCUUGUAAGAUUUCUUCUUUCUCAGAAGUGCCCUUUGCUAUGAAUUUUUUGAAGACCUUAAAAACACUGAAUUGGCACUGUUUCUUGAUGAUGGUGUGAUUGUCUUGUGUGACAGACAUUAGAAAGAAUGACUGAUUUUUAUGUGGUUUUUUGGAGCCCUGGGUGGGAGUGUGCUAAUUUGCAUGUUAAGUUUUGGCUAUGGGUUAUGCCACAGCUUUCAGCUCCUUGUGGAGAAAAAGGCCUUAAACUCUAUUUUCUUUCCUUUUGUUCAGUAACCAUCCAGUGGCAUGGCAUUUAAUUGCAGGCCCUUUUAAAGCAGAAAGAUGUAGAGCAUACGGCUCUAUAUGUAAAAUGGCUGAAAACUAGUUGCCUGCAUUUCAGGUGGGGAACACAAAUACUCUUUGGUACUGUAAGGCAGCUUCAGACUUUUGCUACUAUUUAGAUUUUGGAUUGCUUUAUAUAAAAAAAAGUGCAAUUUAUAUUUUAAAAGGGAAAUCUGGAAAGACCUGGUUUCAAGCUUUGCUUCUUACAUGUUUUAGACUGGAAGCAUUCAUGACAAGACUUUUUAUUUCUCUGUAUCCUUUUCAUAAUGUAAGUCCAGAACCUACCUUUGACCUGUAUAUAACAGGCUAUUAAUUUUUACCAUGUUACUCCGUGGGUUGACUCCAAUAACUACUAUGCCCUUGUAGGCACUCGGUAUUUAUGGCAACCUUGAAAUACAGUAGAAGUUGUCAUUCUACCUUUUGCCCAGGAUGCCCAAUGCCACCCUUGAGGAGGAAAGGGAUGUUAAUGUGUAGAUGUGAGAAACCAAAAUAGAGUGAGAGAAUGAAGCACUUGUAACUUCUACUUUGUUAUAUAAAUGUUAUGUAGACUGUGAUAAUGCUGUGAGACUCAGUCAGUGAUCAAGGCCUUGUUGUGCCAAAUACUUCAACAGCUUGAAAUAAGAAUAGACAAUGUUAGCUAGGCAUGACUUGAAGAUCUUUGCCUCAGGGAAAUUACUUCUGUUUUGCACAUCCCUUAUUCAGACUAACAAGCAUGAGCUUUCCUGUCCUUAAGGAAAGCUUUAUUCCCAAGAUGAUUUUUUUUUUUAAUGAGAGGGGCAUUUGGAUAAACAAAAAAAAAAGUAUGUGGAGAAAUAAUAAGUGGGACAAACUAGUAGUGUGUGCCUGUGCUCUUUCUCUGCUGGAGAGAACCACUCAUGUAACUCACUCUCCAGACCUGCUUUCUGUGGGCUGCAGGAAGAGAUGCAGUCAUCAUCUACAGGUCAUUCUGCAUGUCAUCUAGUGGUGCAGUUUCAUUUGUUUCUGCCCAAAUGAAAAAAAGUGGACGGAAACCAAACCAAGCAACAGCUGAGAUACUUGGAAGGUCUCAGCUUGUACAGUGGCUAGUGGCUGUGUACACGUGCACUACAGCUGUUCUAUAUUUUUCCACCUUGUUUAAGGGAAAUACUAAAUUUUAGACCUCACAUUGGCUACAGCAGUUCUUUUCAGUAUGUUACAAGUUCCCAUUUGCAUUGCUGAUAAUGGUGAUUUCACUCAUAACAGAGUGCCUUUCAUUUGGAAAUUGCCCUACUCCACAGAAAGUUAGUGCCAGAAUAAGAUUAACUUCGCAAGUCCCAAGAUGUGGUGAUAGAGUGGUACACUGCUGUAUGUUAAUCCUCUGUAAGGGCACUGGUUCUGAAAUGGCUUUCUCAAAUUCACUACAAUGACUCUCUUUACUUAGUAAGUUUAGUCCCCAUUAUAACUGGGAAAUUCUGUUUCCAGAAGUUUUGAAACUGGUUAGAAGAUGAAUAUUUUAUAGUGUAAUUAAAAAAAUAAUCUUUUUUUAGGUAACUGCAAACUGUUGUUAAUUCAGUUUAAACCAGUUGGUCCUAGAGAAUGGUAUUAGGGUAUAACAAUAGGAGUGAUGCAUCUACCAAUCCAGGGUGGUCAAAUACUUACCAUUAUGGUGUAAGACACUAUGUGACGUAUCGUUUGUAUCUCUGUUAAGGUUUUAUCAGUAUUCCUAUAAUAAAUCCACAUUUCAGGGAUUUAUAACUUGGUUGUGUGUGUGAUUGAAAAUCAUCAGUGACUGUAAAACUUUGGGAAUGAAUGUAUUUAAACUACUUAAAAUAGAUAUAGUUUUCCAGAUUUUAAUAAAAUAGGAUUUUAAGUUAUGGUUCUGUGCUCAAACCUGCAAUCAGAUUUGUUGUUUAAAUGUGAACUAAUGGCUUGUACAGUUUCAUUGUGACCUGAUCACGUUUAUUAGCUGUCUUUUCUUAAAUCACUUUGCAGUUUACUGUGGAUAAGUGCCAACAGCUGUUUAUUUAUUUUAUUUUUUAAUUUUGUGCAUGUCCACAAGCCAAAACUGAGUCCAGCUACAUGCUUUCUUUAGCCUUUGAACUUAAAUUUUGCUUUGCUCAGGUGCAUUUCAGUCGUGAAUUAAAAAGUGACACCUUAUUUUUCAGUAUUCUAAGAUGAAAGUUCACAGGUGAAAUAUGCUGCCACAGUUAUGACAAAUAAUAAAAUUGAAGGUGAAAUGUCUUCCAAAUCUAAAUCAUAGUGAUGUCUAUCUUGAUGUUACAACUUCACUUUGAUGUUGCUUUCAUUUCUUUAUUAAUUCUUCCUAACAUAGCUAGCAAUUAUGAGUUUUAUUCUUUAGUUUUCUCAGAAAACUAAGAAUUUGGGGGUUUAAAUCUGAAAAAGUCCACCUGUUCAUGGAUAAAGCCAUACUGGUAGAUUGAAAUGUAAUAUUUCUCCUAUGUAAAAAUGUGGUCUUGAAUUAAACAGUCAUGUAUGUUU